AUGCCCACGAAUUUCUACUGCGCACACUCCUCCUACGCCCCCCUCGAACGCAUCCCCCCUGAACUGCUCCACACUAUUGCCUUUCACCUUCUCACGACUCUUACCACCCUCGGCCCCCCUGCAUCAAUCCUUGCUCUCCUGCUCACCUCCCGCAAGAUCUAUGCAAUGCUCGCACCUGCGCUCCCGCUCCUUACCGCUCAUGUGUUUCACGUCCGAUUCGAUGUGGAUGCUCUGUACCGCAGGUUCGGGACGCAUCAAGUGAAAAUCCCUGUUGUCAUGGCGGAAGCGAUGCGCGGGAGGUAUGAAACCCUGGCGAGAAUUAGACGAGCUAACAAGGAAUUGGAACAAAGCGCGAAGCUCACAACAGACCUAUGGACUGCUUAUAUGAUGCUCCUGGAGCAUGACUACAUGAACCGCGCACAACUUCUUCAGUACGCUGCACUCCCCCGCUUCUUGUGGAACCUUAUCCACGCGAGGGGUCGCCGCGGACUAUGCAUGGUUUGUGAGUUUUCACCCUUAACGGAAGCAGAACAGAUAGAAGAAAUGACUCACGAGGCACGGGAGAGUAUCAUCCGCGUGUUUGUCCCAUUCCUUGCUCACGGCUUCCAGUAUCCCUCCUAUUACUUCCCUGCCACCGAGUUCAUUCCUCAAGCUUCACAAGACACAGAUAGAUCUUCCUUCCUCCCUCCCAUCCGGACUGUCACAUAUGCUGGUCGAACCCUCACCUUCGCCACACCCCCGCUCGUUCCCGGUGCGACCCUUCUCGUCGCUGCAUUCAUACAGACACAGAUGAAGGAAAAGAUGCGGCUUGAAGGUCAAGACGACGGCGAUAGUCCACGAGCCCACUCGCUCCGCUUAUGGCUCGACGCACCGAGCCUUGCAUUCGACAGUGAUGGAGAUGACGGCCCACCAAGCGAGCAGCAAGAAGAAGAUUGGAAGCGCGCUGUCGCUUGCGGAGAUCCAUGGGCAGUGUUUGCAUCGACCCCGCUGGCAGUCGGACGGAUGUACACACCCGGUACGAUGUCCGGGGAAUGGACUGGGCUACUAGCGGUCCCACAGCUCCAGACCCAGAUACCAGGCAACAAUAAUGGCGGCGAUAAUAUCGCUUCCACUCUCUCGAUCGCCCACGACGCAUCCGCGGAGACCACGCCACAGACACCGGCGCGUAUCAUCAGUGAGUCACAUACGAAGCAUCGUCCGCUCUUCGCGACGCUCCGCGAGUACCAUUGUCUUGGUCCUGCUACGCCACUACGCGCCGGCGCCAGCGAGGAGGUGUUCAGGGCGUUUGUGCCUAGAGAAACCAAUCUUGAGAUUGAGGACCGGCGCCGGGACGUGUUAGAGAUCUAUGACCCGGUGAAGGACACAACACAUGUGUAUUAUCGGUUCAUGGGCGAGGAUUCUGAGAUGCCGUACUGUGAGGAGGGGAUGGAAAGGAUCAGGAGCCUGGACAACGGAGUGGGUUCCGACGGGGUAGACAGCGAAGGCGACGAAGAUAAAAUGGAAGGACAAGGUGAGGAGGAAGAACAAGAAGAGGAAGACAUGGAACAGAUGAGGCACAUUCCGAGCGGAGUGAAUGACAUCCUCAUCAUCGGCGAGACGGGAGACGUACACGACGCAACAUGGGGUCGGUUUGGAUUCUUUGGGCGCGUGCGCUUGCAGGAUGGGCUGGUGAUGGUCGUCCGGUAUCCCCUCGAUGCCCUCGCUGCGAACGUAGGUGGCUGGAUCUUUCGGGGAUACGUCCACGCGGGGAACGUCUGGGUCGGUCGCUGGCAAAGAACAGAGACAGCGGUCGCAGACAUGGGGUUCGAGGGAGGUUUUACAUUGGCACGGGAUUGGUAG